AUGGGCGCCAGCUCCGCGCCGCCGCCCGCCACCGGCCCCGUCCCCGCCCUGGGGAACCAGAACCACGCCGCCGAGGCAAGGUACCACGAGUGCCUGCGCAACCACGCGGCGGCGCUGGGCGGCCACGUCGUCGACGGCUGCGGGGAGUUCAUGCUCGGCGGGGACGGCGACAGGCUCAAGUGCGCCGCCUGCGGCUGCCACCGCAGCUUCCACCGCAAGGACGACGCGCGGCGCCGCCACCAGCUCCUGCUCCCGGCGCCCGCGCCGGUGUUGUCGCCCACGACCCCGGCCCCGCGCGUCCCGCUGCUCCUGCCGCCGCCCCACCCCCACUACGCCGCCGGCGCAGCCGCCCACCACCCCCACUACGCGCCACCGCCGUUCCCGUACUACGGCACGCCCAGCGGCAGCGGCGGCGGCACCACGACCGAGUCGUCCAGCGAGGAGCGCGGCCCGCCGUCCGGGGCCGCUGCCACCGCGCAGGCGCAGGCGCAGGCGCACGCGCAGGGCCACGUCCGGCGGAAGCGGUUCCGGACCAAGUUCACGUCGGAGCAGAAGGAGCAGAUGCUGGCGUUCGCGGAGCGCCUCGGCUGGCGGAUGCAGAAGCAGGAUGACGCGCUGGUGCAGCACUUCUGCGACCAGGUCGGCGUCCGCCGGCAGGUCUUCAAGGUCUGGAUGCACAACAAUAAGCACACCGGCAGCGGCGGCAGGAGGCAGCCGCCGCCGCAGGGGCAGCAACAGUCCCAACAGCAACCGCAGCCGCAGGCGCACCAGCAGCCGCAGCAGGAGCAGUAG